AUUAAUCACUGAACUGCUAUAAAAAAAUAUUAUUAUAUAACAUAUAUAUAAAUAAUGUUUACGGCUAUCUAUAAUAUACAGCAAUAUUUAUAUUAUAUUAAAUAUUUAUAGUACCUUAUUUAGUUAUCAGUAGUUGUAUUCCAUUUCUGUACGAUGAUAACUUAGAUUACAGUAUUUAAGGACGAGUUCAUAGUUAAAAAUGUUGCGGCAUAACGCUAUGUCCUAGCUGGUGCGUGCACGCACCGCAAACGCAUGCGAUUUCUAAUAAUAACAAACGUCCAGAAAUAGAUCUGACUGUCCUGAUUGCUGACGCGCGCGUUUAAUUCACGAUAACGCACCGCACUGGCAUGUUUGAAAUACAAAAUAGUUUGUUUUUCGUCGCAUGCGAUAUGCGUUAUCGCAAUAGAGAGUGGAUGAUCAUUAUUGUUUAAAUUUAUUUGUUAUUUGUUAAUUACAUUUCUGUACAAAAUGCCGUAUACAGAUUUUGAAAAAACAGAAUUGUUGAUUUCUGAAGUCCAAAAGCAUAAUGUGUUAUGGAACAAAAAGCAUAAAAAAUACAAAGAUAGGCUUGUAGGAGCCAAAGCAUGGGCAGAGGUUUCAAAAGCCACAGGAAUUACUGCCAAUGAAGCAAAAAAAAGGUGGCGAAAUUUAAGGGAUCAGUUUAAAAAAGAACUAAAAAAAGAAAAAAAACCCGAAAUCAGGAUCGUCUCAAGAUAGCCUAGAAAAAUACCACGGGAAAUGGUCUUAUUUUAUGUCUAUGCAAUUUUUGAAAGACAUAGAGACACCUAGAAAUACGUCGGGUACAUUUUCUAAUGAUGACGACGACGAUGAUAUUGAGGUAGGGCGUUCAUACGAACAUAAAUCAGAUUCUAAUGGAGACACAGAAGAUGAGGAAGAUAUUGAUAAGGAAACGACACAUAGUUUUGAAGGUAUGGAUUCAUUAGUACCUCAGAAUGACGCACAAAUACAAUUGACGAGAAAUAAUUCUCCUAUUGCCGAGUUAAACAGCUCAAAAAGUGCAAAAACAAGUGGACAAAAAAAAAAUGAAAAAAAAAGGAGGAUGAAAUAAGUUUCGAACAACAAUUACUGCAACUCGAAAAAACAAAAAUUGAAGCUUUUAUUGACUCAUCACGGAAUGCAGUAAAAGACGACGAGGACAUGUAUUUUUUUAAAUCAAUUCACCCUUAUUUCGGUAACAUGACUCCAUUACAAAAAUUAAGAGUAAGAACACAAAUUCAAGAGGUUAUCAUGAGAGAACUGUCUGUACCAUCAUCUCAACCUAUGAAUAACAAUUUAACUUAUCCUUAUCAAUAUCCAAUACCUGUACAACUCAUGCAAUCAUCACAACCUAUUCCAUUCCAACCCAUUCAUCAUCCUAUGCAAUCUUUAGCGACUGAACAGUCUUUAUCACUACAAACUGAUCCACCAAAUUAUAACAUAUAAUAUCAUUUUUCAAUAAUAUGAUAAUUAUUAAUACUUUUUAUUUGCUAAUGAGUUUUCAAAAACAGUUGAUAAUAAUUUUCAUUUAUUUUUGUAGGUAAGAUACCUACAUUAGU